AUGCCGCGCCCGCCGCCAUGCGCGGCCGGGCGCGGCGGCGCGAGGCUCUCGCAGGACUCGCUCUCGUCCGAGUCGUCGCAGGAGUCGCUGUGCUCGCAGGACUCGGCCUUCGCCGACGGGGGCCUGGAGCUGGACUCCCCGUCGCAGGAGGACCCCGAGGCGCUCGAGGAAGUCUUCGAGAAAUCCAUCCUGGAGUGCAGCAGAGCCAGCACUGACAAUAAGCUCCUUAUCCGGAGGAUCCACUCCCUGCCGCCGCGGCUGCUGGGCGCCAGCCCGGCCCUCAAGGACGUCUCCAACGCGCGCGAGUUCAACGGGAGCCCCGUGCCGGGCGGCCGCGGCCACGUGAGUGAGGGCAGCGUGUUCAAGAAGCCGCAGCGGCCGGGCUGCCGUGGGGCGCCCCACGGGGCCGGGACGCCGGGGCCCUUUGUGCCAAGACCCAGCUCUGCUCCCGACCUGCUGCUUGUCACCCCCGAGAAGGAGAACGUGGGCGAGAGCCCCGUGCUGCUGCGCCGCUGCUCCCUGGCGUCCUGCGAGGAUGAGGACGACGGCUUCAUGGACGUGCUGGACGAGGAGGGCGCCGAGGGCGCCGCGGCCGUGCCGCAGGGCAUGGAGAGCCUGCUCAGCGCCCCGCUCGUGCGCAAGGACGAGGCCGAGCCGCGCCCGCCCCGGCGCGCCAAGGGCCGCCAGCUCUUCCGCUCGCCCUCGAUGCCCAGCAGCGUCAUCCGGCCCAUCCUCAAGCGGCUGGAGCGGCCGCCGGAGCGCGAUGCCCCCGUGGUGCAGAGCAAGCGGCGGCGCAGCGUGGCCGGCACCCCGGAGGAGGAGCGGCGCGCGGCCGAGCCGCGCGCCCGCCUGCUGCGCUCCCACUCCUUCUGCCACGAGGAGAUCGAGCACCUGCUGGCCAGCGACCACCGCGAGCUCAUCGGGGACUUCUCCAAGGCCUAUCUGCUGCAGACGGUGGAAGGGAAGCACCAGGACCUCAAGUACAUCUCUCCGGAGAUGAUGGUGGCCGUGCUCACGGGGCAGUUCAGCAGCCUCAUCGAGAGCUGCGUCAUCGUGGACUGCCGCUACCCCUACGAGUACGAGGGUGGCCACAUCAAGGGCGCCGUCAACCUGCCCCUGGAGCAGGACGUGGAGGAGUUCCUGCUCAAGAAGCCCAUCGUGCCCUUUGACGCCGCCAAGAGGGUCAUCGUCAUCUUCCACUGCGAGUUCUCCUCCGAGAGGGGACCGCGGAUGUGCCGCUUCGUGCGCGAGAAGGACCGCGCGUGCAACGAGUACCCGCGGCUGCACUACCCCGAGCUCUACGUGCUCAAGGGCGGCUACCGGGAGUUCUUCCCGCAGUACCAGGCGCACUGCGAGCCGCAGGACUACCGGCCCAUGCACCACGCCGACUUCAAGGAGGACCUGCGGCGCUUCCGCCUCAAGAGCCGCACGUGGGCCGGCGAGCGCAGCAAGCGCGAGCUCUACAGCCGCCUCAAGAACUGCUGACGGUGCCCGCCUGCCCCCUGUGCCACCAGCGGCUUCCACCACUUCUUAGGAUUUAUUUUAUUUUUUUCCUUUUUCUUUUUCUUUUCCUUUCUUUCCCCCUUGGGCUGCGGUGCUCCCUGCUGCGAGUGUCACAUCCUGCCCCUGCACGGGCCCGGGCACUCGCUGCCUCCUCCUCAUGCCCAGUGCAGCCACCUCCAGGCCCA